AAAUAAAAGCUUCACCAUAUACCUUUUUGUAUUUUCUUGUUAUCUCGCUCACUCUCUCGAGUCUCGACUAAUAUAAUCUCAUCUCUCCAAAGAAAACAAAAGAAGAAGCUUAUUCGAUCUUCCUCGGAGACCGUCACAUCCUUUGUGUGCAAGUCGUUUCUCAAAGUAAGUUAGUCUUUCCAGUGUUCGUUUCUUUAUUGUAUCGCACUUCUCGUACAUACGUUAAACACUAACAUUAGUUUGUUAACUCGUAUUCGAGCUUUAUGUGUUGAGGAAACAGAAACACGUAGAAAACCCUAAUUCUCUUUUGUUUGAUCUUCUACUCGUAGAUUAAUUUUUUUUAUAAACUUGCUUUGCUUGUUUGAUGAUGUUUAAUGUGAAAACACACACGUAUUGAAAAUCAAAGGAUCUCUCUUAAUUAGGUUUCUACUUACUUGCAGGUCAAUCAUUAUGUCAACAAGCUAUCUUAGAGAACUUAAGCAACGUUCUGAAGCAGAGUUUCUUGAAUUUCGUCAACGUAUUAAGGAAUCCAUCAGGAACAAGACUCAAAACGGAAACGAUCGUCCUCCAACCUCAGACUCAAUGCCAAGAAAAAGAAAACUCCCGUAUGAGUUUGGUUCCUUCUUUGGUCCUUCUCAGCCUGGCAUUGCUUCAAGAGUAUUACAAGAAAGCAAACUACUCUUAAAAGACGAGCUUCUUGCCACUAAAGCGCUAGACUCGAUCCAAACUAAGAAGAGUUCUAGUCAAACGAGUGGUUCAGAGGCUAAGGAGUUGAAAAGAAAAGCUAAGGAACUUAAAGAAUCAAGAGACUACUCUUUCCUUUUCUCUGAUGAUGCCGAGCUUCCUGUUCCCAUAAAGGUUCCAAGCUCUCUACCAACUUCCAGAGGAAGCCAUUCAAGACCAGGUUCAUCUACUAAAGGUCAAGCACAAACAAAGCCUGGUUCUGUAAUAAGCUCUAAAACGCAUAAACAAGGUUCCAAACUACCUACAAGAAAAUCUGUACCAGUGGACCAUAGAAAGAAGCUAACUAAGAAGCCACAUUCCUCAUCAAAGCCAUUGACAUCUGUUCCUAAAGAACAAAGGAUAGAACAGAGGAAGGUUCAUUCCAACGAAACCGAAAGUUCUUUGAAACACCACCGGAUGAUUAGCAAACCACCAUUGAAGCAAGCUCAUCAACUAAAGAAGAAGAAAGUGUCAGAAGAAGAUGAAGAGGCGUUGAGAAUGGUUAGAGAGAUGUGCAAGACUGAUCGUUUUGCCGGGCGUGAUUUAGAUGAUUAUGAUGAUAGAGGCAUGGAAGCUACCUUAGAAGAUAUCAUCAAGGAAGAGAAACGAAGUGAGAAACUUGCGAAGAAAGAAGACGCGGAACAACUACGGUUGAUAGAAGAAGAGGAAAGGCGAGAAAGAGUCUUGAGAAAGGAGAAGAAACAGAAGCUGAGCCAUUGAUCAUUUAGUGUUUAUUACAGGGUUAUUAUUAGUUAUACAUCAUCACUUUUAUUUUCUUGUUAAUAUGAUUGUUAUAGC